GUGUCCCUGUAGCAGUGAACAGCAGUUACUGUGAAUAAGAUGGAGGAUUAAACAGGAGAAAAGACUUCAACUUACAGCACAUAAUAAUAAUAACAGAUCAGCUCUGAGACAACACAGUCACUGAUCAAAGAGUUGAUCUAUAAGCUGAAGAAGAUUCAAUGUACAAGUCUGAAGCUGCUGUGUGCUGGACUGACAAUGCGAUCAGGUAUGAAGUCUGACAGUUCAGCGUGGCUCUCUGUGACUCUGUUGCUUCUCCUCCAGUCCUCUGCUUCAGUAUCAGAGGUGUUACAGCUUGUUGGUCCAGCUGCUCCUGUAGUUGUGUCCCCUGGUGAAGAAGCUGUCCUGCCCUGUUACCUCUCAACCAGAGAGAGUGUAGAGGACUUAGAGAUCAGGUGGUUUAGAGGAGAUUAUACAGCCCCUGUGUGUCUGUACCAGAACCGCAGGUAUAACUCUGACAGACAGGACCCAGCCUACAAGGGAAGGGUGGAGCUUUUCUCCAAGGAGCUCUCCAGAGGCAACGUGUCUUUAACACUGAGGAACAUCACUCGCUCUGAUCAUGGACAGUACAUAUGUAUGGUGCUGUCUGAUCUCUGGGAAGAUGACACUGUUAUUGACCUGUCUGUUAGAGGUGAGUGUUUAAAAUUUCACUAAUCAUUACCCACAAAAUAAUUGUUGUGCUGC